UUUUAAUUUAAACGUGAUUUUUCUGAUAUAUUUUAAUAUUAGGACUCGCUGAUUCUUGAGAAGAGUCAAAACUGGAGUUCUCAAAAAAUGGACCACAUUCUGAUUUGCUGUGUUUGUCUUGGAGAUAAUAGCGAGGAUGCUGAUGAAAUAAUUCAGUGUGACAAUUGUGGCAUUACGGUCCAUGAAGGUUGCUAUGGAGUUGAUGGAGAGAGUGACUCAAUUAUGAGUUCAGCUUCUGAAAACUCCACUGAACCUUGGUUUUGUGAUGCCUGUAAAUGUGGUGUUUCCCCUAGCUGUGAACUAUGUCCCAAUCAGGAUGGAAUUUUCAAGGAGACAGAUGCUGGAAGGUUGUUGUCAUAAUUCUGAUGGGUUAAU